UAUGCCCUCGGCCUUUUCUUCCGCUCAGCUCGGAGAUUGAACAGCGCAGCAGUGGGUUUGAAAACACGUCGUAAUCUGUUUAUUUCUCUACAAUUUGGGAUAAAUCAGCCUCCGCAAGCAUCAAAAAAUGCUCGCCACAGUCCGCAGACAGCUUAAGAACCACCCAGCUCUGAUCCCCCUUUUCUUCUUCAUCGGUGGAGGGGCAGCCAUGUCCAUGAUGUACCUCGCUCGUCUGGGCUUGAGGAACCCUGAUGUCUGCUGGGAUCGCAAGAACAACCCAGAGCCCUGGAACAAGAUGGCCCCAACGGAUCAGUACAAGUUUUACGCAGUCAACAUCGACUACAGCAAGCUGAAGAAGCAGGGCCCUGAUUUCUAAAGAUCGCGUCUCCUGGACCAAAAGCACAAAGAUGAUCCGCACAGCCCCGUUUUGGAACUUCCUAAGGGAUUGCAGAGGCUAAAUCCGCACAAUGAUUCAUAUUUAAGUUACCUCAUUGCAUCCCAUUGGCAUUUUAAAACCCAUGUCUCUAUUUUCUCAUUUUCAGUGGUUGUCAAUAAAGUGAAGGAGGCUUUUCUCCUGCAUACAGAGAAAA